AUUGGAAAUAAUGAAAUUAAAUAGUUUUAAAAAAAAUUUAAUUAACAACCAUUUUAUUCAGAUUUAAGUGUAAUCUAGAAUGUUUAUACAUUGUAAAGAAAUGUAUUGGCUACGCUUUUAAUUAAGCAGUGUUUUCUCCUAUAAAGCCCUAUGGCAAACCCUUAACCCAUAUAUCAAGUAGAAAUUCUCAAAUAGUAUAAUACUAACAUUUAAAGAUAUAUACAUUUUAAAACAAAAAGAUCCAAAUGUUCUCAUCUCUUUUCUAUGUGGGUGGUAUUUUUCAAGGCUCAUUGGUGGUUGGAGUAAAGAAGAACCCGUGGUGUUAGUAACAGUACUAGGUAAUUUCCUGUGCCUUUGCUGUUCAGCGUUUGAGGUCAAGCGAUUUCCUUUUUGGUAUGUCUCACUUGAUGUUCCUCAAACUGAAGUGACAAACUUUGCACAGUUCCCUGCUAAGACAUCUUAGAUCAUGUCAUACAUGCUCAACUGCCAUUUUACAUGAUGAGUGAAUAUCAGUUGUAAACGAGUAUGGAGAAAAGACAGCGUGAGGAGACAUUAGAGGGCUCCAGAUCACACCAGUCAACAUUAUUAACAGGAACCCUGACACUGAAGAACUUCACCAUACCCAGGAAGAAACGGACCUCUGGAGAAGUCCUUUUUGAGCGUUGUUCAGAGGAAAGCCGCGACUACAAUCUCAUUCAGACAAAAUUGAGAGAUGCCAAGCUGGACACUAGAGAGGACCGAGCAAAUGCAUGGGUCUGGAAAGAUGUUUGUUUAGUGCACAAUGAGGAGCUCCUUAAAAAGUUCUCAGAAAAAAGGGCAGAGAUGCGAGCCAAAGGAAGACAUGGGAGAGAGAUGGAAGAAAGAUUCUGUUUUUUAGCUGCAUCGGAUCAAAUGGCAGCCCAGAUUUAUCAGCAUGGUCUACGGGUUGGCAGCACAGUCCAGUAUGCCUUGGGAAAGCCAUCACAUGGAGUAUAUCUCUUUAGACAUGUCGAUGUGGCUCUGAAAUCUAAUACCAGCGCAUUAAGUUUGACAAAAGUUGUAAUUUUCAAGGUUCUUUAUGGAAAGGUGAAAAAAUCCACUCCAAGCUUGGACUGGAACAAAACGCAGGAUCCCACUGUGGGCUUUGACUGUCACAUGUGUAAAGAUGCAGUGUCCCAUCGAGACACUCUUCACCAGCAAGUUCUGGGCUCCUCUGUUUUUCUGUUUGACUUUAACGAGAAGCAGGAACUCACUGAAAGACCCAGGCAGUGUUUGCCGUACGCUGUAGUUUCAUUUGUUCCUUCCAGCAAUGCCAUUCUGACUGUACCUACAAACCUACCACCCUCAGCUUCAGCGCUACCUAUUGGCCAAGUGCAUGACCAUUUUAAGGCAUGUACUGUGGCAGAGAGAAAAGGAAAAGGAGGCACUGCCACCGUUACAUUCAAACAUUUUGGCACGCCGGGCUGCUUUGAGAUGGAUUAUACACCUCAGAAACCAGAAGUAAAAGCUCCACCUCAAAAGACCGAUAUGCAAAACACUCAGUCAUUCAACCCAAAACAGCACUGGAUUGCUGCCAGUGAGGACGCAGAUUCCAGCAGUUCAGGGCUUGCUAUGGAUCACACUGCUCUCUGCCAAAGCUUGCUAGGAAAGAAAGCAUGCCUGAGUAAUUACAAAAAAAAUACUGGAAGCACACAUGGAAGAAAUGACAAUACAUGGGACACAGUACCUCAAAGUCCACUGGACAAAAUAUCUACCAUAGUGUAUUCUUCACGCUUGGUUAGGGAUCCUCGUCUAUCUAGACAAGAAACAAAUCAACAGACCAGCUGCUCAGAGCCCAGGGUAACAUACACUGGAUCUGGGUGUGAUAGAAAAUGCCAACCACCCGAUAAAAACCAAGAAGACAAUUAUGGAUUUGCUGGAAAUACUUUUAACUCAAAAGAGCCAUCAUACACGGACAAGAAAGACACUCAAAGAGAAUCCUCAAGGACUGAUCAAUGUGCGCAUACAACAACAUUGCCCUCAAUGAAGUUAUUCAAAAUGAAAUUCCAAAAAUACGCUGCCUACUUUAGAAUGAGUCAGGAAGAAAGGCAUCAUAAAAUUUGGUCACAAGAAAACAUGUCACCAGAGCAAAAGCAAGAAUUAGCUGACCGUAUACAUUUUUAUGAAGUUUAUUAUCAGAAGUAUAAAAAGGGAUUGAUCUUUCAAAAUGUUAAUGAGACAAAGAAGUCCAGCCUUUCUCAAAGAGAGCCCAAAGAAAAUCACAUGUUACAGACAAAAGACAAUACAUACAAGCACAAUCAGUCCAAUGUGUGCCAACAAAAAAGUCAUAAUGCUGCAAGUUUGUCAGAUAACAAUGAUAUUGUUAACAGGGAUAAAUGUAGCACAACACACAUUCAUAAAACCAGUCAUCCAUAUCAUACAGAAUCUAGUGCAGUAAUGUUGACAGAAAAGGGACAGGGUCAAGCACCAGAGACUCACCAAGACCAUCCCGAUAGAUGUCUAAUUCAGUCUCCAGAUAAACUUUCAGUGGAAUCCUUGGUGCUGAGAUCAUUGAACCUCAACCUCACAUAUGAGAAAACUGAUACACAAAAUGUACAUCUUGAACUCAAACACCCAAGCCCUUUAACUUGUCCCUCUAAUGAAGCUAAGCUUAAUCACAGCUUAGAAUGUGAAAGUGAGCUUGCAGUACAGGACUUGCAAGAGAAUGAAUCUACUCCAGGUAUUAACUUGUUUGAAAAGCCCAGCACUGAAUCAUGCCUUACGUAUACAAACAAUAUCAUGGAUAACAUGGAUAACACAGUCAUGGAAAUCGCAAGCUGUGUUGAAGUCUCUAGUUGUGGGACAUCAGACAACUGUGAUCUCAGUAAAACCAUCACAGAAAAUCAAAACCAGAUUAUUUAG